GAAAUGUCAUCACUCACUCCUGAAGAAAAACACUGUAACAGCCGCAGCGUCGAUGAGAAGCAGUCGAGGAACUCCAUUCUAACUGAAUGGAUUGGUAUGGGGAGAAGCGGAUUUCAAAUCACGGCUAAGCUGCAGCUUUUGGACUGUGUAACGUUGACGAUGGUUUUACUGUCGCUGCUGUUUCGACCAGCUCACUGCCAGCAGUGUCGAAUCCAGCGCUGCAAUGCAGAGUAUGUGGCUUCGACCUCCCCCUCUAGUGGUCUGCAGGAGGACGUGGCUAUGGAUGUGGACUACUGCAUCGCCUUGAGGGCCUAUGCUCUGUGCACCCGGCGGCAGGCGAGGAGCUGCAGGGGGGACCUGGUCUACCACUCGGCCGUCUUCCGCAUUAAGGAGUUAUUCUCUCAGCAUAACUGCUCCAGCGAAGGGCCAACCUCCUCCGCCAAGGUCCCCAGUACAUCUCGGCCAGCCGUGUCGGAGCUGUGCGACUAUGAGAACCGGGUCCUCAUGUCGGGCUCAGCUGGACAGCAGAAGAAAUAUGCCCACUGUGGAUUAUUCGGAGAUCCGCACCUACGGACUUUCCGCGACGAGUUUCAGACCUGCAAGGUGGAAGGGGCGUGGCCUCUGAUUGACAACCGCUUCCUGUCGGUGCAGGUGACCAAUGUGCCUGUGGUCCUAGGCUCCAGCGCCACAGCAACCAGCAAGAUCACUGUGAUCUUCAAGUUCUUCCAAGGCUGCACAGAUCAGAAGGUGUACCAGGCCACCACAGUAGAUCUGCCAUUGGCCUUUCAGGAUGGAAGCCGCAGUGGUGGUGAAAGUGGCAGCCUGUCCAUCGUAGAGCGCGGCGGCUCAGGAGUGGGCCGGCAGGUGAGGAUCCAGGCCCGUUAUAUCGGCACCUCCAUCAUCGUCCGGCGCGUGGGCAGCUACCUGACCUUUGCCAUCCGCAUGCCAGAGGACACCCUGGACUUUACGGAGGACAAUGGCGGUCUGCAGUUAUGCCUGCACGGCUGCCCACGCAACGAGCUCAUCAAGGAGCACACGCUGGGCAUUCAGAGCCAGCAGCCCCGCCUGCAGAGCACCAACACAGAGCUGGGGCCUCUGCGGCCCCCUCACCAGGUCUACACAGUGGAGCGGGCCACAGCCAGGUGUAGAGAGACUCUGCAGGUGGAGGACGUGUACUUUCAGUCCUGUGUGUUUGACUUGCUCACCACAGGAGACCCUGAGUUCUCUUUGGCAGCCUACGGGGCUCUGGAGGAUUUAAAGGCGCUGCCGCCGAGUAAACUGAGGCAGAAUUCCCCCAGGACUCCUCGAAUUUACAACAGAGUAGCGUCACACACUGCAGCAGCAGCCCACAGCUCCCUCUUCUCACUCGUACUCCUCAUUCUGCUACUUUUGUAAAAGAUUAAAUAUAAAUGAUUUUUAAAAAAAAAGAACAAA